AUGAACUCAAACGCGCUGAAGAUCCAAGAGCUUCUUGACCUGGAGCCUGUAAAAGACACCCACUCUCCUGCACGCCUGGCCAACGACAAGACUGAACAUCCUCCCCGAGCUGCAGGACAGAGGCAGACCAAAGCUCCCUCAAACGUGGAAUCACCAGAGGAGGAGAAGCAGGAUUUUAGUGUGGCUGAGGAAAAAUGGCAAGCCCAACAUGGAAAACCCAACAGGCAAGAAAGAAACUCCACAAGUGACUUUGAAGAUUUUCCAAGACAGACAAACAGACAACACGUCUACCUUGUGGCAAAACCUGAAGCUCGUGUAACCUGUCUGACCUCACCAGAGGUUGAAGUACAGAGAAGUGAUAAGCCACCGCUUCAUUCCUCGACAUCCUUGCCCCUGGAGUCCUCCGAGACCCACACUGUUCUACAGCGCAGGACACCGCUGUCUCAAGGGGGCGCUGCAGGGAUUAAAACGACACAAUGUGGAGAGUUCCCUCCUUUGUCACAACCUCAACUGUCAGGCAAACAUCUAAAAGCUGAACUCCUUUUACCGCAUUAUGUAAACCAGUCCAAGAGAAACGGCAUAGACAACCAGGCCUUUGAGAUAGAGGAGGACAACGUUACUGACUCCAACAGCUUCCAAGAAAAAAGAAAGAAGGGACUUGGCUCGUACCUGAGCCACGUUUCGAAGCCGAUCAACGCCACAGAGGAUUACAUCAAGACUCAUGCCCAGACCUUCAAGUACAUCCUGCUGGGAGUUCUUGGAGCAGGUUAUGUGGCGUACUUCAUAGCCGCCUGUGUGUUGAACUUCCAGCGAGCCAUCGCCCUCGUGGUCCUCACCACUUUGGCCGUGGUCUUUAAAUCCUACGAGCUCUUAAAGAAAUACAAGGGCGACAGCAUUAGUGAGUUCUUCAGCCCUGCGGUCAGAUGCUUCAACUCCAACCUGAGAUGGAUCAAAUGGGUGUUCAUGUUGGCGGCUCUGGUGCUGCUGCUGGUGUGGCUCGUCCUGGACACCAGCCAACGUCUGGAGCAGCUGAUAUCGUUCGGGGGCGUGUGCUUGUUCAUUUUUCUGGUGUUCCUUUUCUCAUCACACAGAUCACAGGUGUCAUGGAGGCCUGUCCUGUGGGGUGUGGGGAUCCAGUUUUGCAUGGGCAUCUUUGUUAUCAGAACACAACCUGGACUCGCAGCUUUUGAUUGGCUCGGAAAUCAAGUGAAGAUCUUCCUGGAAUACACCAAGGCAGGGUCCUCGUUUGUUUUUGGUGACCUCAUCGAUGGGAUUUUCGCAUUUACAGCGCUGCCCAUUGUGGUCUUCUUCAGCAGCGUGAUGUCCAUCCUUUACUUCCUGGGGAUCAUGCAGUGGCUCAUUCUGAAGAUUUCCUGGCUGAUGCAGAUAACGAUGGGAACCUCUCCCACUGAGACCUUGAGUGUAGCAGGAAAUAUCUUCGUGGGGCAGACGGAAGCGCCGCUGCUGAUCCGUCCUUAUUUGAAGGACAUGACCAAAUCGGAGAUCCACGCCGUUAUGGUCGGUGGGUUUGCUACCAUCGCAGGAUCCGUCAUGGGGACGUUCAUUCUGUUUGGAAUUGACCCCGCCUCGUUGAUAUCAGCCUCCGUCAUGGCCGCCCCUUGUGCACUGGCCAUCUCCAAACUGUCUUAUCCAGAGACUGAGGAGAGUCAAUUCAAGGCAGACGAGGAUAUCAAGAUAGCAGUGGGAGAUGAGAAGAACAUUCUGGAAGCUGCUUCCUCCGGAGCUUCUGCCUCCAUAGGCCUGGUUGCCAACAUUGCGGCCAACCUGAUUGCCUUCCUCGCCAUCCUGGCUUUUAUAAAUGAAGCUCUGAGUUGGCUCGGAGGAAUGGUGGGGUAUCCUUCGAUCACAUUUCAGCUAAUUUGCUCCUAUGUGUUCAUGCCUGUGGCCUUCAUGAUGGGAGUCCCGUAUGAGGACAGUUUCGUUGUGGCUGAACUCCUCGGUGUCAAACUCUUCAUCAAUGAGUUUGUGGCGUACGAGAAACUGUCUGAGUUGAAGAACAACAGAAUCGAAGGACUGGAUAAAGUCAUCGAAGGCCAAACAAAGUGGAUAUCUAUUCGGGCGGAAAUCAUCUCCACAUACGCUCUGUGUGGAUUUGCUAACUUCAGCUCACUGGGUAUCGUGAUCGGAGGCCUGUCCGCUAUAUGCCCAACAAGACGGAGUGACAUCUCCUCGCUAGUGUUCAGGGCCAUGAUCGUUGGAACAACCGUGUCCCUCAUCAAUGCUUGCAUUGCAGGGAUCCUCUUUGUUCCUCCCAUGGACUGUGUGGGGUUAUUCAGUGUCUCCGAUUUCAACGGCACAGAUGUAGUCGUUCAAAAGUGUUGUCAAGAACUCUUUAAAAGCACGGUGAACAAUGGGACUGUGUCUUUUGUGGGCAUGUGGAACACAGUAGCCAACGUCAGCGUGUACUUUUCUAACUGUUGUCAGUGUUGUGGCGUUUCUAAUGGAGCUCUCUGCGUCUAAAAGAGAAGAAGAAAACAGCGUCACCCAACUGUAAACCAGCGUUUAUUUUUCUACAGUUCACAGAUGUAUAUUUUAUUGUUUUCACACGUGUAUCUCUCUGCUAAUGUAAAAAAAUGUAAAAACCUGACGAUACUGUAAUCUGUAUCGGAAUAAUGUGUACUGAUAUUACUGUACCUCUGACAAGGAGUUUUAGUAAAGAUGGAGCAUUAAUGAAAGUAUUUUGUUUUUUGACACACCUGGGUUUGAUGAAUGUACAUAUUUUUAAUAAAACAAAUAAUUUUGGCACAGUAAAAACUCAGCAUGUAUUAAGGGAAUCGUAGUCAUUCUGUGGCCUCCAUGUGGUAGAAAAUGAACAUUGACCUAGGACAGAGCCAUCUUUCUGUAGCUUCUUUUUCUUUUUUCAUUUACGUGUACGUUUAAUUUAUUUCCUAAUAUUCCUUUGUUAACGAAAAAAAAUGUAUUAUACAUUUUGCAGCAUAUUAAAAUUUUUUGCUGAUAUAUAUUUGAGUUUAUUGUCAUUAAACUAUGACUUGAAAUCAUGUGAGAAAAAAAA